AUGUCAAGAUGCAGGGCAUGGCGUCAAUUAAUAACAUCAGUUUCAACAUCAAAUCAACCUCCAAUAAUAGAAAUCUCGUCGGAUACUGAUUUGGCCUCAAGUACAACAACAUUGCCCAAUAAUGCGAUCCUCGAUGAGAAAGGAAAACAAAGAUUAUAUCUUGAAGAACUGCGGCACGAUUUAGCUGUUAUGCCUCCUUGUGCUGAAAAAAGCGUCAUGGAACUUCUAUUGCAUUUUGAAACUAAGCUACUUGAAGAUAGCACGUUUGCGAAUGUCCAAGGUACAGUAGUUCUUUUAUUCGAGAAGUUGCAGGAUCAGAUUCAAAAACAAGGAUGGCUCUCGAAGGAAAUUCAGGAGAAUCUUCGUGAUUUAAACAGACCUUUAAACACACAGGAGAUACAGAAACUCGUUGGAAAAGCUAGGGAUGCUGCUAAAUUGAUUCGUGACAAAGAAAUAAUUCUUUUAAUAGGUGAAACUGGAACUGGAAAAUCGACUACAAUUCAGUAUCUUGCAGGCUGUAAGAUGAAAGAGACUAAAGUAGAAGUUGAGCCUGGAAAGUUCCUAGCACAUAUUGCAAUAGAUGAGCUCAGUACUAAUCAUGGAUUGAAAAAUGUGACAACUAGUGCACGAAACAAGUCAGAAACUCGUUACAUCGCACCUGUUACUAUUCAGUUGAAAGAUAUUUUUGGUUCUCACAGAACCGAGGAAAUUAUUUUAUGUGAUGCGCCAGGUUUUGGUGACACAGCAGGUCCAGAAGUCGACAUAGCUAAUGGUGUAGGUGUCAUUGAAGCUAUUAAAGGAUGUAAGAGUGUUAAGAUACUUGCUCUAUCAAGUUAUAAAAGUUUAGGUGAUAGAGGACAAGGAAUUCAAAAAUUAGCGCAUAUGUUGAUUAACAUGGUGCAUAAUAUUCAGAAUAGACUUGAGUCUAUUUUUUAUGUAUUCACAAAAUAUCCUUCGAACGUCGAUAUCUCUGCUUUGUUAAUUGACAUUAAAAGCUCGAAAGUAGAUACAGAUCGUUCAUUACAAAAGGAUAAUAUUUUUGUGGCAAUAUUGACAGAUAUGAUUGACAAAAUUCAGAAUGGUGCUGAAAAUAUUGAUCUCAUUCGAGGAGAUCCG